AUGUCCCCGUUAGUAUCAACGACUACCAGACCAUCUAAACUUGGACCUGCUAAAGUCGAGAAGGCUCCGACACAUAUUUCAUUCGGCAGUCUACUUCCAAACGGCAACCGGCAGUCGGGCUUAGCACACCGCUUAUUCGCAGCUGCUAUGCCAGCCGCUUUGACAACGGCCGAAAAUCUGUCUCAGUCUGUUCCGGCGCAAGACCGAGUCCUCUCGAAAUAUGCCGGGAAACUGGCAUCGGACUACGCUUGA